AUGUCGUCAUCUCUUUCCAAAAGGAAGCUCGAUGAUUACUAUGCCGACGAUUCCUUCAUCAUCGACAUGAAUACGCCGCCCGCCGCCGCUAGGAUGCGAAAAGACCAAACUGCCCUUCCACCUUCUCCACCUCCCUUGUCCCGGCACCAGCGAUCAUCACUCACGGAGUCAACUUGCUCUGUCAAUAGCAUUCAAUUUUUUGUCCGUAUUUUAUCUGACCAUACCCUUGUUCUCAAAACCGAUUGCUCCACUACGAUUAAGGAUAUUCACGAACAAAUAGAGUCUAUUACUGGAAUUCCUGUAUUCGAGCAGCGAUUGAUAUACCGGGGUAAGCAAUUGCAGUGGGAACAGACUCUGGCAGAAUGCAAGAUCCAAAACGACGCAGGAUUGCAGCUGGUUGGACGAAUGCGGAGCACCGAGCAUCCUCAGGCGUGGCAGCUCGUCAACGACAUUAUUUUCUUAAUUUUCCAGCUUUGCAAAGACGCACCGCCUCCUCCGCUGCCCGAACUGCCUCCUCCAAAAACUGUCAAAUCAUUGCUUGCUGAUUUUCUGUCCAGGACCCCGCGCACCAACUCUCACAAGGCGUCUGGGCAUUUGCAGGUUUUCCUCUCUUCCUCUGCCCCUGCGGCCCUGGUGAUGCUUUACAUGUCAUCUCAUAAACCGAACAGGGAUGCUGCUAAUGAAGCCAUCAAACAGUUCAUUGAAUCAAGUAAGAAUGUUUUGCCUAAGCAUAUGUAUUGUCAGUGUGCACCGAUUGUUUUAGAAUUUUGUAAGUUGUUGAGUAGGGCAGCUGGGACUGAUGAUCCCUUGUAUAAUGUGUGUCGAAGUACUAUGGGGGCAAUGGUGGAGUUUCUUGAGGUUGGGGUGAAGAAGGAGCCGAUUGGGGUUCAUGAUAUUUUUCCAUUUGUUAGUCAAUUAGCAGCCAAGUUAUCGCAAGAUUUAGUGCUGAGUAUGGAGUCGAGCUCAUUCGUAGGGCCCCUGUUGAGCGAUGUCCGAGAUUUCACGGCCUUUGUUGUCCCAGUGAGAAACAAGAUCAUGCUAGAAAUCACUUUUUGCGGCCCUGUUAAGUUUCCCUUGAGCGAGCAAAGUUGGGUAUGUUAUGGGAAGGAAAUCAUAUUUUUGCACGAGAUUUUUAUUGAUUUAUUGGGGAAAUUGGAGGAGUGUUUGGGGAAAAUUCAGGACCAGGUAGAUAUGAGAGCGAAAUCGGAUAGUCAGACACUUUUCUUCGGAUGGUGCCAGUAUCUUGCAAUCUUGAAGGAACUGAAUAGUAUAUCUAAACUUUAUAACGGUGCAGAAGAGGUUUUUUGGGAGAAAAUGAGAGAGAAAAAGGAUGCCUUGUGUUAUCUUAUUGUUAGAUUUGCGAAGAGGAGCGACGAGCACCAGUGGAUUCUUGAGCACAAGGAAGUGACUAAUUUUGAGGCGAGGAAGCAUUUAGCCAUGAUGAUACUCCCUGAAGUGAAGGAUGAGUACGAUGAGCAGCACGAGAUGCUCAUUGACCGCUCACAUUUGUUGGCAGAAUCAUUCGAGUACAUUGCACAUGCGGAACUGGACUCACUGCGUGCUGGCUUAUUUAUGGAGUUCAAGAAUGAGGAGGCAACAGGCCCUGGUGUCUUGAGGGAGUGGUUCUUCUUGGUAUGUCAAGCAAUCUUCAACCCUCAAAAUGCACUCUUCUUGGCUUGCCCUAAUGAUCGCAGAAGGUUUUUUCCAAAUCCAGCAUCUAAGGUGGAUCCUUUGCACCUUGAAUAUUUUAACUUCUCUGGCAGGGUGAUUGCCUUAGCCUUGAUGCAUAAAAUACAAGUUGGCAUUGUCUUUGAUCGUGUGUUCUUUCUGCAAUUGGCUGGGCAUGAUAUUUCUUUAGAAGAUAUUCGGGAUGCAGAUCCUUGCCUGUAUAGUAGCUGCAAGCAAAUAUUGGAGAUGGAUCCUGUGGCAGUUGACCAAGAUGCCCUGGGUCUCACCUUUUCUCAUGAGGUUGAACAGUUAGGAUCAAGGAAAGUUAUUGAGCUUUGCCCUGAUGGGACCAGCAUCGUUGUAAACAGUAAAAAUAGGAACGAGUAUGUUGAUUCUCUUAUUCAGCAUUAUUUUGUCACGUCCAUUGCUGACCAGGUCACCAAUUUUGCUCAAGGUUUUGCUGACAUUAUAAGUAGCCCACAGCUACAGAGAUCCUUUUUCCGAAGUUUAAACCCUGAAGACCUUGACUUGAUGCUGCAUGGAAGCGAAAGUGAAAUUUCUGUGGAAGAUUGGAAAGCGCAUACAGAAUAUCAUGGCUACAAAGAAACUGACUUGCAGAUAUCCUGGUUUUGGAAGAUUGUUGGGCUAAUGACAGCAGAGCAAAAAAAGGUUCUCCUCUUCUUUUGGACCUCUAUAAAAUAUUUACCUGUUGAAGGUUUUGGUGGCUUGGCUUCCCGGCUAUACAUCUACAAGACGUCAGAGUCCUAUGAUCGCUUGCCUUCCUCUCACACAUGCUUCUACCGGUUGUGUUUUCCGGCUUAUCCUAAUAUUGCUGACAUGAGAGAUCGUCUUCGUAUCAUAACUCAGGAGCAUGUAGGUUGCAGCUUUGGUACUUGGUGA